ACUUUUCCUCUUCACAUCAUGGCAUCCAUGGCAAAGCUGGCUGCAGUAAUUGCAGUGAUGGCAUUAGCAAUGGCAAUCUCAAACGCAGAGGAAGAUGCAGUGAAGACAAUGGAAACGGCACCAAGGAGAAGUAGCAGAUUUCUUGAAGAUAUAACGGGCAAUAGAGGAAGAAGCAUGAAAUGCAUGCCUCGCCUUCAUAUGUGUGACAAGAAUGAUGUUGUGGGCUCUCUCAAAUCUCGCUGCUGUGGCUUCGACUGUACCAAUGUUUUAAGAGAUGGCAACAACUGUGGGAGGUGCGGAAAUGUGUGCCCUUUUGGUCUUCAAUGCUGCAACGGCCGGUGCCUCAAUGUGGCUUCCCAUGGAAGCCAUUGUGGCAGCUGCAAUGCGCGCUGCAACGAAGACCAGAGAUGUGCCUUUGGAAUGUGUUCCUAUGCCUAAAUCCAGCUCAAUCUGCUAUUAUGCCUAACUCCCACUAACCCAUUUUUAGUUUUCUGUUUUGACAGUCUCAAUUUCUUGCAUAUCUUUUUCCUGGAAUUGUCGGGGUGGUCAGUGUGUUCUUAAAUAAGAGUUUGGAUUCUGAUGUGAUAAUA